CACACACGCAGUCGCAUCACGCCAUCGGAAUCUCCGCCAGCUGCGCAGACUCAGCAGCUCUUCGUCACAUCAUCAUCAUCAGGGUUUUCCGACAGACUGCGCGGAUUUAGCCGACUUAUUUAUUUAAUAACUCGUUAUAUAACACACCGCCACUUAAGACGCACUCGCUCAUCGUCCCCGACAGACCAACCUGAAGCGACAGCGCUGACCUGGAUAACUCCGAGUCUGAAGCAGAAUCAGAAGCAGCCGGCCUCACAGAGAUAGCAGCAGACAGACGCCUCUGUCAGCAGAACAGCCUCCCUCUUCCUCCCUCAUCCUCCUCACCCCUGUCACUUCUGAAAUGGCGGACCCCGGACUCACGUCGCCCUCCAGGACCCCUCUGCGCUCCCCCAACGCCUCCCUCACCCUGUCCUUCCCCUUCCUGAGGGAGAGGAGCCGGGUUUGGGAGGACGGGAAAGAGCAUCCGCUGCCUCGAGAUUUACCAAGCCCUCUGCCAACCAAACGCACCCGCACCUACUCAGCUACGGUACGCGCUCAAUCAGGUCCGGUGUUUAAAGGCGUCUGUAAGAACUUCUCCAGGUCACAAGGUCACGGCUUCCUCCGACCCUCCCACGGCGGAGAGGACAUCUUUGUUCACAUCUCAGACAUCGAGGGGGAGUACGUCCCGGUGGAGGGAGACGAGGUCACGUACAAAGUGAGCCGAGUGCCGCCCAAGAACCUGAAGGUGCAGGCGGUGGAGGUGAAGAUCAUACACCUGAACCCCGGCACGAAACACGAGACCUGGUCAGGCCAGAUCAUCAGCUCGUAGACCCAGAAAACCCCGGGGGCUCAUGGGUAAUGGAGGGGGAGGGGGGGCUGGGGCAUCAACCUGUUGUAGGACUGAUAUUUUACAUCUCAUUAUUUCUUUAAAAACAUGCUUUACCUACACAGCACCGGUCCAGAUUUAAUGACACAGGUGCAGAGGGCUGUCUCCUACUCUGCUGAAUUUGCUGAAUACGAUUUAUUUAUUUAUUUCCCCUCAAAACAAAACAAAGAAAACAGCUGGGGGUUUAUUUUCCUGCGGGUAUCAGCUGGGUAAAGUUUGAAACACUGGGAAAACAAAGCAAAGCAUGACAGCUGAGUGUAUGUGAAGUGGAGAGAGCGGUGUAAGUAGGACAAAAGGCUGAAUUCAGUUUCACUUCCCUUCUUUGCAGCUGUUUGGCACUUGUUUACUUUGCUGAACAUUUCCAGGAUCACAUUGCGGGUGCAAGCGUGGGUCAGAUGACUUGCUAUCAUAAGUCGUACACAGUGCAGACGCUGUAAAGAUGGGAAUUUGAAUUCAAGAACAGAAAUGAUGGACCUAAGAGGAAGUUGUUUAGGUAAUUAAAGAGGAAGACAUUUCAAUGGUUGUGUAUUAGAAGGUUUAUGCAUUAAAAAUCAAAUGAAAUAUGAUUAAAUCCCCCAAAAUAAAAGGUUCAGGACCCCUUUGUGUGACCAGUUUAGAACAUAAACUGAAUUUGAGGACAAAAAAGGGUUAUUUAAGUUUUAUUUUGAAAGAGAGAAGGUGUAAGUAAGUUAGAAAUUCAUGAAAAGCACGAAGGCAGACGAGGACUCAAGGAAUCACAUUAAAUCAGGCAUGGACACAACUGAAAAAUAUUUGACUGUGAAUGGAAAGCAAGUAUUUUCCUUACAAAAAUGCAUAUCCUUGUUUGUUGUGUGGUUAUUUAUUUGUAUUUAUCAGUGUGUGUGUGUGUGUGUGUGUGUGUGUGUGUGUGUGUGUGUGUGUGUGUGUGUGUGUGUGUGUGUGUGUGUGUGUGUGUGUGUGUGUGUGUGUGUGUGUGUGUGUGUGUGUGUGUGUGUGUGUGUGUGUGUGUGUGUGUGUGUGUGUCCUCAGAUUGCAAGCUUUAAUAACUUGCACAAAUUAGUUGAAAACUGCCAGAAAAAACUUCUCCAAAACAUUUGUCGUUCUGGUGGAAAAAUGUCAGGUUUUGAAAGCGUCUGCAGCCACGAAACAAAACGAUUUGUAAAUCUCUUUUUCUAUUAUCAGGAAAAAAAGACAUGCAUCUGUGUGUGAUUUAUUAAGCGUCUCGUCAGUGUGAUGGUGAACUACUCGACUUCAUUGGUGGUGCCAAAAGAGAUCUGUCACAUAAACGUGGUCCGUAGUACUUCAGGUUUUGCUCGGUUAAGUACUGUUUGUCAUUUUCUAUGAUAUAUCUGUUCCAUAGAGUCUCUAUGCAUCCGUCACUGCCUGAAUCCGUUCAUCAUCACUCCGUUUAUUUUCUCCGUCACCUUCAAAGGGCACUUUCUGUUGUGGACCAGCCGCUGUGGUGGUGAUCACAGUGAGGACUUCUACUGAGCCUUGAAAAAAAACAACAUUAAAGCAUUUUAUGAUUCA